CAAUCAGAUACAAAAUCUAUUACUUGCUGUUCAUUGCGAAGUAAAAAAUUCACAAAUAUCGAGCUAACAGUCUUCAAUAAUGUCCGAAAACGUUAGCCCAAUUAAAUAUUUUCUCUCCGGUGGAUUCGGCGGAGUAUGUCUCGUUAUAGCUGGUCAUCCCCUGGACACGAUAAAAGUCCGCCUUCAGACUAUGCCAAAGCCCUUACCAAAUGCAUUGCCGCUUUAUUCAGGGACGUGGGAUUGCACAAAGAAAACAAUAGCCAAAGAGGGAUUUCGCGGUCUCUACAAGGGAAUGGGAGCCCCGCUGACAGGCGUGGCUCCGAUAUUCGCCAUCAGUUUCCUCGGAUACGGUGUGGGUAAAAAGAUUCAGCAAAAGAGUCCGGACGAAAAAUUAACUCUGCCGCAAUUGUUUUACGCCGGUGCUUUCAGCGGCGUUUGUACAACUUGUAUCAUGGCGCCUGGAGAGCGUAUAAAAUGCCUUUUACAAAUACAGCAUGCCGAUGCUGUGCCAAAGUACAACGGGCCCGUCGAUUGCAUUAAACAAUUGUACAGAGAGGGUGGAGUUAGAAGUAUUUUUAAAGGAACUUACGCCACUUUAUUAAGAGACGUACCGGCCAGUGGAGUGUAUUUCAUGAUUUACGAACUGCUUCAGAGAUGGUUGACACCUGAAGGUGGAAAAUUGGGUGUCGUGUCGACUAUUUUUGCCGGUGGUAUGGCUGGAAUUGCAAAUUGGGUCGUAGCGAUACCCCCAGAUGUACUAAAGAGUAGACUGCAAACUGCACCGGAAGGCACGUACAAAAAUGGAAUUCGUUCUGUGUUUGCUCAACUGAUGAAGGAAGAGGGACCUCGUGCACUUUAUAAAGGAUGUGCUCCUGUAAUGCUCAGAGCAUUCCCUGCAAACGCAGCUUGUUUUGCCGGCUUUGAAGUGGCGAUGAAUUUCCUUAAUUUAGCAGCUCCGAAUUUAUAACGAUAACUGGAUCGCCUAUUUUUACACCCUUGUCAGGGUUGUUAUAAUUUAAAAAAAACUGCCUUUACUAACAGAAGAAUCUUAUACAAUAUACAUAGUAUUACAUAUAUUAUCAGUUAAGAAUAAGAAUAUGAAUAUUGUGAAGAACUGCUUGAUUGAUAAGUAUUGUGGAAAUUAAUCGGAAUGAUUUUUACAAUUUUAUACUGGUUUUGACACGCCGUAAAAUGGGCCCCCCAUUUUUAAAAUGAAAACAUUUUUCGGUGUUUCAGCGAUUGGACAUUUUUAUUCAACUUCUGUAAGAAAAAAAUGUUGAGAGGAUGUAAAAAAUGUCCGAGCAACGUCAUGAAAAUUAUAAGCAAUUGACGCACGCUGAAAAUUGUUUAAUUUCCAAAAGUCCUGUUGCUGAGUGGAUAAUCAAAAUUAUAAUACUGCAUUGCUGAAUUCUUAUUCAUUGAUCAUUGUCGUAGUUAUCAAUAUUGCUUCACUGAAUAAGAUAUGGAACAGAGUCUUUUUCUAGAAUCAUAGACUCCGGUAGAUUGCGUGAAACUAGAGAAGGCUCGUUUUAUCUAAUCUAAUUGCUGACAGAUACUACGAGUAUCAUGAUACCAAUAUCGUAACCUGCCCACCAAAUUAACGAUCUGCAAUUCUUUAUGAGUAAUCAAUAUUCAAAUUUGUUUUACUUUAUUGCAUAUCUCAUGAAUAUCAAUGCACUUAUAGAAUGUGAAACGUAUUAUAGAUAUGCGAUGAAU